ACUACCCACUAUGGCUCCUUCCGCUGCUCAAUGGAAGUGAACGUCACUGAUUGUGCUGAGUGUAUGACGUAUUUGGAAGACUUUGCAAUGUCGAGCAAAACCGACUCUGUACGACAGCGAACAAUCGCUGAUAGUGUUGGAGGAGCGACCGCCAAACGGCAGCAGAAGGGGGGGGGGGGGGCGUGUGUUCGAUCGAGUGUUAGUAACCGGCAGUUGUCCGUGGCAGUAGUGGUAGUGGUGGCAGAAAUCGAUCGCACAAGCUAGCGAGCGGUCGCGCGGUCACCGCAGUCGAACGAAAGCACCCCGCACGAGAUUAGUCUUGAACGCACGCUCGGUACGAUUAAAUCGAUUCGUAGCCGAUUCCAUCACCUGUGGGUGUUUUAGUAGUGCGCAGGAGGCUUGCUGCUGCUGCUGCUGCUGCUGGUGUGUGGUGACUGUGCGAAGUAAGAGAUGCCUUCUGCUGUACCGUGCUACAGCAUCUAAAUCUGUGUGUAAGCAAGCGGAUCAGGACUAGAGGAUUUGGGAGCUUGGGGAGAUUAAGGACGCUCCAAAAUGAGCUUCGGACAGCGCAAAAACUUUACCGUGCCGGUGGAUGCAGAAUCGCCCGAAGCACGAGACGAUGCCAAGCUGCUCCCACUGGGACCGUUCGACAAGAUACCACCGAUCAUAAUCGAUGGACAGGAUCCACCCAAAACGCCGAUCACACCGACCACGCCGAUUAUUUACUGUCCGCAGUCACCGUCGGCGACUAGCAAAAGGAGUCGAGCACUGCGACCGGGAACGACGCGAAAGUACCGUCGACGGGCGAUUCUGAAGAAUGGCGACUGCAACAUUGUCCUCUCGAAAGUCUCCCGGCAAAGGCUACGCUUUCUGCAAGACAUCUUCACCACGCUGGUUGAUGCUCAGUGGCGCUGGACGUUGCUCGUGUUUGCGUUCAGCUUCAUCGGAUCGUGGCUGUUUUUCGGAGCUAUCUGGUGGCUGAUCGCGUUCACGCAUGGCGAUCUGGAGGAGAUGCAUUUACCGAAAAAUCAAGAGGAAUCGGGCUGGAAACCUUGUGUGUUCAACAUUGAAUCGUACACAUCCGCUUUUCUGUUUUCGAUCGAGACGCAAACGACGAUCGGAUACGGUUACCGAACAACGACGGAAGAAUGUCCCGAAGCGAUCUUCAUCAUGUGCUUCCAGUCGAUCUACGGUGUCAUGAUGCAGGCGUUCAUGGUGGGCUUUGUGUUUGCGAAGAUGACCCGUCCGAAGCAUCGCACCCAGACGCUACUCUUCUCGAAGCAUGCCGUCGUUUGUCAGCGGGACGGUGAGCUGAGUUUGAUGUUCCGCGUUGGCGACAUGAGAAAGAGUCACAUCAUUGGAGCAAACAUACGUGCGCAGCUCAUCCGCACGAAGUUGUCCCGCGAGGGCGAAGUAAUGGCCCAGUAUCAGCACGAGCUGGAAGUGGGCGCGGAUCAUUGCGGUUCGGAUCUGUUCUUCAUCUGGCCGCAGAUUGUGACGCACCGGAUCAAUACGGAAUCUCCGUUUUACAACAUGUCGGCGUCGGAUCUGCUACAAGAUCGGUUCGAGAUUGUCGUCAUCCUGGAGGGUACGGUGGAGUCAACGGGCCAAUCGACCCAGGCGCGGUCGAGCUACGUCAACACGGAGAUCCUGUGGGGUCACCGGUUCGAGCCGAUCGUGUUCUACAACAAGGAGAACCAGGUGUACGAGAUCAACUACAGCAAGUUUAACGAGACGCACUCCGUCGAUACGCCACUGUGCUCGGCCCGUGAACUGGCCGAGUUUUACAAGUACCAGGACGACUAUCGCAACCAAGCCGAAGAUCAUCAUCAUCUUCAAACGCCAGCGUAGAGUUUGUUGUCGUUGUUGACCGUUUGCGUAUGUUGUGUGCUGUACUGUACGGUUUGUUAGUUUGCGCUUACGCUGCGUAGUUAUCCCCAUCAUCCUGCUUUGUGCUUUUGUUGUUGUGUGCUCGAUCGAUCAUGCCUCUAAGAAUCUCAUCUCCUCACCAUAUCUCAUUAUAGUCGCUCGUACUGUAUAUCGGUAAUGUAAGUUGGUAUAUUUGAGCCACUUCCUGCGGUUGCAGAAUCCGAGAUAUUAAUCGCGAUUUUUCCCUCCGCUGUCCACAGAUCAGUCUGACGUGGGCUCGACAAAGUCAAUGUUUGAAAGACGUUGGCACCAUCAUUACACCAACACCGUCCGAACGCUCAGUUCGAUCUACGCAGAAGACGAACGCCAGUCGUCCGUGGGAGUCCAGGCGCGCUACCUGACAAUCCAGGGUGUCCCCCGGAGGCCCCGGUCCUACCAGCAGCUGGAGAGCAAUCUGCGCAAUCUCUUCAAUCCACCGUCGGUCACAGUUUCGCCCUCAUCGACCAGCUCCAUCCGUAUCGAGAGUCCGUAGCGAUGCGACACAGGUUCUGUGCGCGCUUUGGAACGGUCCAACUAGUCCCGGGUGUGCCGACGGUUCCGGCUCAGUUACCACUGGUUGCUUUUGUUUUUAGUGUAGUUGUAGUUUAACCUUCGUUGGGAUCCGUUCUGUUUUUAACGAUUGCAUCCUAUGAAUCUUGCGUAAUCAUCAUCUGCUGCAUAUUUAUGAUAGGCUUAGGCGCGUAACGAUACUCCUCCGAGGCGUCUCAUUCCGUUGAAGGGGUGCGCUAGGCCCCCGUGUAUGAGUGUGAGAAUAAUCAUUCCCUGUAUUAAACGAUAUAAAUUCACAAAUUGAACUCAUUCAACGCUAA